AUGAACCACGUCCUACUUACCCUUGUAUUCUUUCUUGGCCGCCUCGGUUCUGAUAUGGCUCGAAUACGUGAAGUAUGGGCCACGAAUCUAGACGCGGAGAUGCGGGCAAUACGCGAACUCAUCGACGAGUAUCCUUACAUCGCAAUGGACACAGAAUUUCCAGGGGUCGUCGCUCGGCCCAUAGGGGCGUUCAAGACGUCGUCGGAUUACCACUACCAGACAAUGCGGUGUAACGUCGACCUGCUGAAGAUCAUCCAGGUCGGGAUCACCCUCGCGAACGAGGAGGGCGACUUCCCUCAGGACUACUGCACCUGGCAGUUUAACUUCAAGUUCAGCUUGGUGGAGGACAUGUUUACACCAGACUCGGUUGAACAACUGCAGAAGGCCGGCAUCGACUUCCAACGCCACGAAGAGUAUGGCAUUCUGCCGAACGACUUUGCGGAGCUUAUGAUCACGUCUGGAUUGGUGCUGUCUAGCGACACGAAAUGGAUAUCCUUCCAUAGCGGCUAUGACUUUGGAUACUUCGUGAAACUGCUCACCGCGGAAUCACUACCGACAACAGAAGAUGCCUUCUUCGAGCUUCUCAAAAUAUGGUUCCCGACCGUCUAUGACAUCAAAUAUCUAACAAAAGCCUCAAAACUGCUGAAAGGAGGACUACAAGACGUUGCAGAUGAUCUAGGAGUCAUGCGGAUAUCGACAAGUCAACAAGCAGGAUCGGACUCUCUCCUCACAGCAUCGACGUUCUUCAAGAUGCGAGAGUUGUACUUCGACGACCACAUCGAUGACGCGGAAUAUUCGGGGAAGCUAUACGGCCUAGGACAGACAUUCUCCAUGUCGAACGGCUUGACGGAUCCAGCACGUGGUGGGGCGACAAUUGCAGAAAGAGAAGACAGGAGUUCAGCAAGAGACGCGCACAACCAGACACCAGGACCCAAUGGUGGCACUAACCAACAAACGCCAAACGUGACGAUGGCUUUGAACCCGAUGCAAGCCGGGAUGCCUGGCGGCAUGACGCCAGGAGCGUAUGGCCCGAUGACAAACGGCCCUCCGGCAUAUUUGCGAACGAUGGUGGGAGGUGGGCGAUAA